GGCGGGGCCGCGCGGCGCAUCCUGCGGGCGGCGGCGGGCGGCCGGGCGCAAGAUGAUGAAGUUUCGGUUCCGCAGGCAGGGCGCAGACCCGCAGCGCGAGAAGCUCAAGCAGGAGCUCUUCGCCUUCCAUAAGACCGUGGAGCAUGGCUUCCCCAACCAGCCCAGUGCGCUGGCCUUUGACCCUGAGCUUCGUAUCAUGGCCAUCGGCACCCGGUCUGGGGCCAUCAAGAUCUACGGUGCCCCUGGCGUGGAGUUCACGGGUCUGCACCGAGAUGCGGCCACUGUCACCCAGAUGCAUUUCCUGCCUGGUCAGGGUCGAGUCCUGACCCUGCUGGAUGACGACAGCCUCCACCUGUGGGAGAUUGUCCACCAUGACAGCUGCGCCCACCUGGAAGAGGCCCUCCACCUCCAGGCACCCAGUCGGCCUGGCUUUGACGGCGCCAGCGGCCUGCCCAGCCUCGCCCACAUCACAGUGGUCCUGCUGGUGGCUGUGGGUGACAUGGCUGCCCUGGGCACCGAGAGCGGAAGCAUCUUCUUCCUGGAUGUUCCCACCCUGACGCUGCUCGAGGGGCAGACCCUGGGCCCAGACGAGGUUCUGCGAAGCGUGCCUGAUGACUACCGAUGUGGGAAGGCGCUGGGCCCCGUGGAGUCACUCCAGGGACACCUGCGGGACCCCACCAAGAUCCUCAUCGGCUACAGCCGGGGCCUGCUGGUCAUCUGGAACCAGGCCGCUCGCUGUGCCGAGCGCAUCUUCCUGGGGAACCAGCAGCUGGAGAGCGUGUGCUGGGAGCGCAGUGGCCACACAGUGGUUAGCUCGCACAGCGACGGCAGCUACGCCAUCUGGGCCGCGGACACCGGUGACUCCCCAACAGUGCAGCCCACGGUGGCCACCACGCCCUACGGCCCCUUCCCCUGCAAAGCCAUCAAUAAGGUCCUGUGGCGAAGCUGUGCGUCUGGUGAGCACUUCGUCAUCUUCAGCGGUGGCAUGCCCCGCGCCAGCUACGGUGACCGCCACUGCGUGAGCGUGCUCCAGGCUGAAACCCUGGUGACACUGGACUUCACCUCCCGCGUCAUCGACUUCUUCACGGUGCACAGCACGCGGCCUGAGGAUGAGUUCGAUGAGCCCCAGGCCCUCGCUGUGCUGCUCGAAGAGGAGCUGGUGGUGCUGGACCUGCAGACACCCGGCUGGCCGGCUGUACCCGCCCCGUACCUGGCCCCCCUGCACUCUUCCGCCAUCACCUGCUCGGCCCAUGUCGCCAAUGUCCCUGCCAAGCUGUGGGCCCGCAUCGUGAGCGCCGGGGAGCAGCAGAGCCCCCAGCCGGCCUCCGGGGCCUCGAGCUGGCCCAUCACUGGGGGCCGGAACCUGGCUCAGGAGCCAUCCCAGCGAGGCCUGCUGCUGACCGGCCAUGAGGACGGCACGGUGCGCUUCUGGGACGCCUCUGGUGUGGCCCUGCGACCGCUCUACAAGCUCAGCACUGCCGGCCUCUUCCAGACGGACUGCGAGCACGCGGACAGCUUGGCCCAGGCCGCCGAGGACGACUGGCCACCCUUCCGCAAGGUGGGCUGCUUCGACCCCUACAGCGAUGACCCGCGGCUCGGCGUGCAGAAGGUGGCGCUCUGCAAGUACACGGCCCAGAUGAUAGUGGCCGGCACUGCGGGUCAGGUGCUGGUGCUGGAGUUGAGUGACACGCCGGCAGAGCAGGCGGUGGGCGUGGCCAGCCUGGACCUGCUGCAGGACCGCGAGGGCUUCACAUGGAAAGGCCAUGAGCGGCUGAGCCCGCGCCUGGGACCGCUGCCCUGGCCAGCCGGCUUCCAGCCCCGCGCUCUCAUCCAGUGCCUGCCACCAGCCGCCGUCACAGCCGUCACACUCCACGCUGAGUGGGGCCUCGUGGCCUUCGGGACCAGUCACGGCUUUGGCCUCUUUGACUACCUGCGCAGGAGCCCCGUGCUGGCCAGGUGCACCCUGCACCCCAGCGACUCCCUGGCCAUGGAGGGGCCACUGUCCCGUGUGAAGUCGCUCAAGAAGUCGCUGCGCCAGUCCUUCCGGCGCAUCCGCAAGAGCCGUGCAUCGGGCAAGAAGCGCAUGGUCGCCGGCAGCAAGUUGCAGGAGGCCAACGCACAGCUGGCGGAGCAGGCCGGUCCCCAGGAUGUGGAGGUUACGCCCGUGCAGCGCCGCAUUGAGCCCCGCUCAGCCGACGACUCCCUCUCGGGUGUUGUGCGCUGUCUCUACUUUGCAGACACCUUCCUUCGAGAUGCGGCCCACCAUGGCCCCACCAUGUGGGCAGGCACCAACUCGGGCUCCGUGUUUGCCUAUGCACUGGAGGUCCCAGCGGCAGUGGCGGGUGGUGAGAAGCGGCCAGAGCGGGCAGUGGAGGCUGUGCUGGGCAAGGAGGUGCAGCUGAUGCACCGUGCCCCGGUGGUGGCCAUCGCGGUGCUGGAUGGGCGCGGCCGUCCACUGCCGGAGCCCUACGAGGCCUCGCGGGACCUUGCACAGGCGCCUGACAUGCAGGGUGGCCACGCUGUGCUCAUCGCGUCCGAGGAGCAGUUCAAGGUGUUCACGCUACCCAAGGUGAGCGCCAAGACCAAGUUCAAGCUGACAGCCCAUGAGGGCUGCCGCGUGCGCAAAGUGGCCCUGGCUACCUUUGCCAGCGUGGCCUGCGAGGACUACGCGGAGACCUGCCUGGCCUGCCUCACUAACCUGGGUGACGUGCACGUGUUCUCUGUGCCGGGCCUGCGGCCCCAGGUGCACUAUGCCUGCAUCCGCAAAGAGGACAUCAGCGGCAUCGCCUCCUGCGUGUUCACGCGGCACGGCCAGGGGUUUUACCUGAUUUCUCCCUCGGAGUUUGAGCGCUUCUCCUUGAGUGCCCGGAACAUCACCGAGCCACUCUGCUCUCUGGACGUCCGUUGGCCCUGUGAUGCCACCCGUGUCAGCCACAGGUCCCGAGAGUCGCCCAAGCUGAGCCAGGCUAACGGGACCCCGGGCAUCAUCCUGGCCCCACAGAGCCGUGAUGGAAGCCCCGAUCCCAUCUGCAAGGAGGCUGACACCCUAGAGCCACCUGAGGCCAUGCUCUCACCUAUGUCCAUUGACUCGGCCACCAGUGCCGACACCACACUGGACACAACGGGGGACAUGACGGUGGAGGAUGUAAAGGAUUUCCUGGGCUCCUCAGAGGAAUCUGAGAAGAACCUGCGGAACCUGUCAGAAGAGGAGGCUCGAGCCUGUGCCAUCCUGAUCAAAUGAGGCUGCAGGUGCGUGGCCUGGUCCCGAGUCAGUACCUCCCCAGCCUCUCCCGACACAGACCCUGUGGCUCCUUUUGUGCCGGGGUCACUGCUGCCCCCUCCCUUGCCUCGGGGUUCAGGCAGUUGGAGACUGGUGGUGAGACACGUGUGGCCAGGCUGCCUGCCCCGUUGGACCUCCCUGGCCUUCUGCUGAUCUUGUUUCUCUCUGCUAGGGAGGCCAGAACUGCCAGGUCACCCUGCCCUGCUCGGAGCUGGAGCCAGGGGCCUGGUUCUUCAUGCAGACCUGCACCUGCUAACUUCGGGGUUCUGUGGGGCUUGCCAGCCUGGCCCUGAGCCUCAGGACUCCACUGGGCCCUGCCUGCAGGCAGAGGCCACCCGGAAGGUCAGGCGCCACAGGGGAGGCCGCAGGGCUCACGGCUACCACCUCCCAGGCCAUGUGCCGUCCCCCCUUCUCCUUUUACAAAGAGUAUUUUUCUAACGCCUGUGCCGGGCACCACAGUCAUUUCUAAAACUAUUUUGGUACUUGCUCCUGGGCCAGCACCCCCUCGACCCCCCUGCUGCGUGCAAGUAUGUGUGUGAGAGCUCCAUUUGGGAACCAGGACCGAGGCCUGGCCUUGUGUGCGCGCGUGUGUGUGUGGUGGGGGGUCAGGAUGGGUCUCCUGUAGAUUGUACUCUGGGGGGCUUUUUUUCUGUCAUUUUUGUUAAAUUAGCAUUUUAAAAUUAAAAAUACUGAUUUUUAAUAUUGAAAAUAAAAGCAUUUAAUAUCU